GCGGGCUGCUCUCGUCGCGCAGGGUCGCAUCGGCCGGGCCCGGCCAGCUGGCAGAUGCCUGGAGCUGCCGCCGCCGCCGCCGUAGAGUGGGCCGGUGGUGGUGUGGGAGGCGGGCGUCCAGCCCGGGCCCUCUGAGAGCGGCAGACGGGGCCGGGGUGGCCCCGGGGCGCCGCGGCUCCGUGCGGACCAUGUAUUUCCUGAGCGGCUGGCCCAAGCGGCUGCUCUGCCCGCCGGGGCUCCCGGCCGAAGCACCGCUCCACGUCCAGGCCGACCCGCAGCGGGCUUUCUUCGCCGUGCUGGCCCCGGCUCGUCUCAGCAUCUGGUACAGCCGACCUAGUGUGCUAAUUGUAACCUACAAGGAACCUGCAAAAUCAUCUGCUCAGUUUGGAUCCUACACACAAGCUGAAUGGAGACCAGAUAGCACCAUGAUAGCUGUGUCAACAGCAAAUGGCUACAUCUUAUUUUUUCUCAUUACAUCUGCAAGAGGAGACAAAUACCUUUAUGAACCUGUGUAUCCCAAAGGAAGUCCACAAACAAAGGGAACCCCCCACUUUAAGGAAGAGCAGUGUGCUCCAGCAUUAAACUUAGAGAUGAAGAAAAUACUGGAUUUGCAAGCACCUGUCAUGAGUUUGCAGUCUGUGCUGGAAGACCUCCUGGUUGCUACUUCUGAUGGACUUCUGCAUCUUAUUCAUUGGGAAGGCCUGACAAAUGGCAGGAAAGCCAUUAAUCUCUGCACAGUGCCGUUUUCCGUGGACCUGCAGUCAUCUAGAGCAGGCUCGUUCCUGGACUUUGCAGACGUGUACAUCCGAGACAUGGAAUACUGUGCCACACUCGAUGGGUUUGCUGUUGUGUUCAGUGACGGCAAGGUGGGCUUUAUCACACCAGUGUCGAGUAGAUUCACCGCAGAGCAGCUUCAUGGAGUUUGGCCGCAAGACGUCAUUGAUGGAACUUGCGUGGCAGUAAAUAACAAGUAUCGACUAAUGGCAUUUGGUUGUGCAAGUGGUUCUGUGCAAGUUUACACGAUAGACAACACCACUGGCGCCAUGCAGCUGUCUCAUAAACUGGAGCUGACAGCAAAGCAGUACCCUGAUGUUUGGAACAAAACUGGAGCUGUUAAAUUGAUCCGAUGGUCUCCUGACAACAGUGUCGUUAUGGUGACCUGGGAGCAUGGAGGCCUUUCUCUGUGGAGUGUCUUUGGAGCUCAGCUGGUUUGCACACUUGGAGGAGACUUUGCUUAUAGGUCUGAUGGUACCAAAAAAGAGCCCCUUAAGAUCAAUUCUAUGAGCUGGGGUGCCGAAGGCUAUCACCUGUGGGUGAUCAGUGGAUGUGGUUCUCAGAGCAUGGACACUGAGUCUGACCUCAAGAGCACAGUCAGACAGCCGAGCAUCCUGCUGUUUCAGUUCAUCAAGAGUGUCCUCACUGUCAACCCUUGUAUGAGCAACCAAGAGCAGGUGCUGCUUCAAGGAGAGGAUCGCUUGUACCUGAACUGUGGGGAGGCCUCCCAGGGCCAGAACCCCCGUGCUUCCCCAGCACACUCCAAGCACAAGGCCAGCCGGGAGACCAGCCCAUUUGCCGACAGAGGAUUCGAGUCCCAGGGCUUAAGCUCUUUGCUUGGACAUCGGCACUGGCAUGUCGUGCAGAUUUCCAGCACCUAUCUAGAGAGCAAUUGGCCUAUCCGGUUUUCAGCUAUUGAUAAACUUGGUCAGCAUAUUGCUGUGGUUGGCAAGUUUGGUUUUGCACAUUACUCUUUACUCACCAAAAAAUGGAAACUUUUUGGAAACAUUACCCAGGAACAAAAUAUGAUUGUGACAGGUGGCUUAGCCUGGUGGGAUGAUUUCAUUGUCCUUGCAUGUUACAACAUAAGUGACCGUCAAGAAGAGCUCAGAGUGUACUUACGGACGUCAAAUCUGGACAACGCGUUUGCACACGUCACCAAGGCACAGACAGAAACCCUGCUGCUGAGUGUCUUCCGGGACGUGGUGAUAGUGUUCCGAGCAGACUGUUCAAUAUGCCUUUACAGUAUUGAAAGGAGACCCGAGGGUCCAAACACUACUGCCAGUAUUCAGGUUCUCCAGGAGGUCUCCAUGUCUCGCUACAUUCCCCACCCUUUUCUGGUUGUGUCUGUCACGCUGACGUCAGUGAGCACAGAGAAUGGGAUCACCUUGAAGAUGCCACAGCAGGCUCGGGAUGCAGAGAGCAUCAUGCUGAAUCUCGCGGGCCAGCUCAUCAUGAUGCAGAGGGACCGGUCCGGGCCCCAGAUCCGGGAGAAGGAGAGCAGCCCGAACCCGAGGAAGCUUCUGCCCUUCUGCCCUCCCGUGGUCCUGGCCCAGUCCGUGGAGAACGUCUGGACCACCUGUCGUGCCAAUAAGCAGAAGCGCCACCUGCUGGAGGCCCUGUGGCUGAGCUGUGGCGGCUCGGGCAUGAAGGUCUGGCUGCCGCUCUUCCCCCGGGACCACCGCAAGCCCCACUCGUUCCUGUCCCAGCGCAUCAUGCUGCCUUUCCACAUCAACAUCUACCCCCUGGCUGUGCUGUUCGAAGACGCCUUGGUCCUCGGUGCUGUCAACGACACUUUGCUGUACGACUCUCUGUGUGCUCGGAGUGGCGCCCGGGAGCAGCUGGAGGGGCUGUUCCCCUUCUGCGUCGUGGAGAGAACCUCCCAGAUCUACCUCCACCACAUCCUGCGCCAGCUGCUGCUCAGGAACCUCGGGGAGCAGGCCCUGCUGCUGGCCCAGUCGUGCGCCGCGCUGCCCUACUUCCCGCACGUGCUGGAGCUCAUGCUGCACGAAGUGCUGGAGGAGGAAGCUACCUCACGGGAGCCCAUUCCCGACCCGCUGCUCCCCACGGUGGCCAAGUUCAUCACCGAGUUCCCGCUCUUCCUGCAGACAGUGGUCCACUGUGCCAGGAAGACCGAGUACGCACUGUGGAACUACCUGUUUGCAGCCGUGGGCAACCCCAAGGACUUGUUUGAGGAAUGCCUGAUGGCGCAGGAUCUGGACACAGCUGCUUCGUAUCUCAUUAUCUUACAGAACAUGGAAGUCCCCGCCGUGAGCAGGCAGCAUGCCACCCUGCUCUUCAGCACCGCGUUGGAACAAGGCAGGUGGGGCCUCUGCCGACACAUGAUUCGGUUUCUUAAAGCCAUCGGCUCUGGAGAAUCAGAGACGCCUCCGUCCACGCCCACAGCUCAGGAACCCAGCUCAAGUGGUGGAUUCGAGUUCUUCAGGAAUCGGAGCAUCAGCUUAUCCCAGUCGGCUGAGAAUAUUCCAGCAAGUAAAUUCGGCUUACAGAAAACACUGAGUAUGCCAACGGGUCCUUCUGGUAAAAGGUCGAGCAGGGACAGCGACUGUGCCGAGAACAUGUACAUCGACAUGAUGCUCUGGAGACACGCGCGGCGCCUCCUGGAGGAAGUGCGGCUCAGGGACCUCGGCUGCUUCCUUGCCCAGCUGGGCUUUGAGCUGAUUGGUUGGCUGUGUAAGGAGCGGAGCCGGGCUGCGCGAGUGGACAACUUUGUGCUGGCCCUCAAGAGACUCCACAAAGAUUUCUUGUGGCCACUGCCCAUCAUCCCAGCCUCCUCGAUCAGUUCUCCCUUCAAGAACGGAAAGUACCGGACAGGUAAUGGACUGCAGGCCAUUGUACCAGCAGAGUUGGGUUUCACACCAAGUGUUUACCUGUUUUGCUAUUAGUCCUAUUCAAGGAAUUCAUUCUAAACU